ACUGACUGACUCUAUUCUUUCCUGCUCAAUAUAUAAAACAUAGAUUCCUCACUCCUCCCCCUGCUAAAUAAUUAAGCUCUUGCAACCUGCAAACGCCAAGACUUUGACAAACUGCCCUUUCCUCACUCACCACUACCACCACCACCACCACCACCACAACAACAGACCACCACAAUGAGCUGGGACGGUUUCUGGUCAGCAAUCGGCCGUUUCUUCCACGAAUUCUGCAGGAACUUGAGUCCAGCCAGUUGCAUGUGUUCCUGCUAAUACCUCUUAUCUCCCUCGGUCAUCACGUGCUCGCUUCAAAACCGCCGCCAAACCCCACCAUCGAUCUUCACCCCCGCCUUGACCUCAAUCCUCUCCGUACAACACUAGCAACCAUGUCGCACGCCCGCAUCGAAGAAGUAUCCGACAGCGAUCCCUCGGAAGGCGAUAUCAGCGACGUCUCCGAUGACUUCGACGAGCGCGAAAUCCUCAAGCAACGCGCGCCCGCCUCCGCCUCCCAAUCAAUCAUAAACCCCUCCUCGAUCCCCUCCACCACCAACACCACCUCCUCUUCCCCAGCUCCCGGCCAAGGCCAGCCUUUCCACACAACUCAAGACGAAUCCAAAUACAAAAAUUUCCAAUGCAUAUACCCGGUAUAUUUUGAUGUAAAUAGAAGUAGAGCCGAGGGAAGACGGGUAGGACUUGAGCUGGCGGUCGAGAAUCCGAUGGCGAGGGAGAUUGUGAAUGCGUGUGCGAGGUUGAGGUUAGAGACGCUGUUUGAGCCGAGUAAGCUGCAUCCGAAGGAUUGGGCGAAUCCGGGACGCGUGAAGAUUAAGUUAAAGGGGGGUGCGAAUAAGGGUAUUAAGAACAAGCAUCAUCUUUACACCCUCAUCUCUGCACACCUCAAAGCAAACCCCACCACUACCGCAACUGCAUCCCUCGUCCGUGUCCCCGGCGUUCCUCCCCCCGACCCAGCGAAAGAAUACCCCAAACCAGCAAUCCCAAAAGGAUGGAAGAUGGGCAGUAUACUGCCUCAUUACAGCCCUGGACUGACGGGUGGAGGGGUUAGUGAGAACUUUUUGAAGGACAUGAUGGCUGAGAUGCAGAAUGCGGGGGCGGCUGGGGCGGCUGGGGGAGGUAUGCCGGGCAUGCCGGAUAUGAGUGCGUUACAGGGGAUGAUGGGUGGGAUGGGAGGUGCGGGCCCAAGCUCUGGGGGAGGAGAGGCGAAGGAGAAAAAGAAGAAGGUUAAGAAGAUUAGGGCUUGACGGGAGUUUAUUGGCAAGCGAGGGAUACCUUUGGUGCAUACGGAGCACUGCUUGCUUCGAAGUUUGGAGAAUAUAGAAGAAAAUCAUGCUAGAUAAUAUGUAAAGGAGAAGGAUGUCUCCAGAAGAGCGAGGAGAUGAUUGCAUGGCAGUGCUCCGUUGAGACAUGUUCAUGGCCAAUGCUAGAUUUGUAGCAAAUCAAGCGAAUUGAUAUACCAUUUGCAAGUGCUAUCAUUCCACUAUCUCAUUGCGUCGAGUUCCUACUUCUUCCUAGAGCCGAGUCCUAC